UCCUGAUCGUUGGGCUUUAGAAUAGGCACGGCUGGAUCGCGCAGUUCUUAGGGAGAAAUAAGAGAGAAAAGGUACAGGCCGGGGAUCUCCGUUGACCCUUCGUCGCUUCCUUCGCACCUCCGGGUCGUCGGCGAGGCUCCGGCAUGCCCGACGCUAACUGCUUCCGGGUCGCACCAGAAGUGACUUCCGCAGCAGUAUGGCGGCCAUGGAGGACGAGCUGCUGGCGGCGAGUGGGGAGGGAGAGCGCCUGGAUUUCCUGCGGGACCGGCACGUACGGUUUUUCCAGCGCUGCCUCCAGGUCUUGCCCGAGCGCUACUCUUCGCUGGAGACCAGCAGGUUGACAAUUGCAUUUUUUGCACUCUCUGGACUGGAUAUGUUGGACUCCUUAGAUGUGGUGAACAAAGAUGACAUAAUAGAGUGGAUUUUCCUGCAGGUGCUUCCCACAGAAGACAGAUCAAAUCUAAGUCGCUGUGGUUUCAGAGGCUCUUCAUACCUGGGUAUUCCAUUCAAUCCAUCAAAGAGUCUUGGAACAGCUCAUCCUUAUGAUAGUGGACACAUAGCAAUGACCUACACUGGACUUUCAUGUUUAGUUAUCCUUGGAGACGACUUGAGCCGAGUAAAUAAAGAAGCUUGCCUAGCUGGCUUGAGAGCCCUUCAGCUGGAAGAUGGGAGCUUUUGUGCAGUACCUGAAGGCAGUGAAAACGACAUGCGAUUUGUUUACUGUGCUUCCUGUAUUUGCUAUAUGCUCAACAACUGGUCAGGCAUGGAUAUGAAGAAAGCCAUCAGCUACAUUAGAAGAAGUAUGUCUUAUGACAAUGGGCUGGCCCAGGGAGCUGGACUUGAAUCUCAUGGAGGAUCUACUUUUUGUGGCAUUGCAUCACUGUGUCUGAUGGGUAAACUAGAAGAAGUUUUUUCAGAAAAAGAAUUGAAUAGGAUAAAGAGGUGGUGUAUAAUGAGGCAGCAAAAUGGUUAUCACGGAAGACCUAACAAGCCUGUAGACACCUGCUACUCUUUUUGGGUAGGAGCAACUCUAAAGCUUCUGAAAAUUUUCCAAUACACUAACUUUGAGAAAAAUAGAAAUUACAUCUUAUCAACUCAAGAUCGCCUAGUGGGGGGAUUUGCGAAAUGGCCAGACAGUCAUCCAGAUGCGUUGCAUGCAUACUUCGGGAUCUGUGGCCUGUCACUAAUGGAGGAGAGUGGAAUUUGUAAAGUUCACCCUGCUCUGAACGUGAGCACACGGACUUCUGAGCGCCUUCGAGAUCUCCAUCAAAGCUGGAAAGCCAAGGACUCUAAACAGUGCUCAGAGAAUGUGCACAUCUCCACAUGACUGACCUUAGAUUGAGCUGGGGGACUUGUAGCAAAAUUGUAGCUCGAGGUUAAAAGCCAUGAAUAACCAGGUGUGCUCUUUUUUAAGUGGUAGAGUCUUAGGAUUAGAGCUUGUACUGGAAUCACUGGGAUAUGGUCUUGAGCCAGUAAUCUCUGUACUAGGUUUCGAGAAAAUCUUUGCUAAGGUUUGAGCCACAACAGUGGACCGGUUUGGUCCUUAAAUGUUUAUACUGUAUUUCUAAGAAGUUCUUUGAGGCAAAUUAACUGUAUGUAUAUAGGCUAUCUUUAUUUUCCUUAAAGCACUUCAGUACCAGCUGAAUCUUAUAAAAUGGACACAAAUCUUUUAAAACAGAUUUACACUUAUAUAGCAUUGAUAAUCUUCAGGUGAGCCCUUAGUGAUCAUUUAAAAAUUUUGACUGCUGAUAGUAAAAAAAAAAAAAAAAAAUUGCUUUAAAGAAUUAGGUAUCUGGGAUUAUUUGAAAACAGAUGAUCCCAUAAUUUUUUUUAGACAAAGAAUAGCUUAUUUUGUCUUAUUCUUAAGUGUGCCAAUGAGAUUUGUGUGGCCUAUAUAAAUGAAACUGAUAACUUCUUAGCAAGAGUAAACAAGCUUAACUAAUACAGUAGUUUUCUAAAAAGCAAUUGUGUUAAGAGCACGUGUGACUACGGGAAAGUCUUUUUAACUGUGUGAUUAUAAGCGUGAAAGCAUUGUGCUACAUGAUUACUUAAACAUUGUUGGGGUGAAUACUGGUUUAUUUUUUUAUUUCAAAUCAUUAGUUGCUUUUUGGAGGAGCAGGGGAGGAGAAAAUCUUCCUCAUCUAGAAGGAAAGACAUUUGAUGUUUUUGUUUAAUUUUCUGAGAUUUGCGAUACUAUAAAUUGUGCUUUUAUAAUUGAGUUAUUUUAGUAUUUGGAGAUUUUUUUUUUCCCAGUUUGUAGCUGCCAGUGUGUUAUCUGCUCCAAUUUCACACUACCAGGCUGAGCUUCCUUAAUUCCCAAAUCCGAAACCUGAAAUGUUCUGAAAUCCAAACUUUUUGAGUGCCAACAUGACACCCAAGUGGAAAAUUCCACAUCUGGCCUCACAUGACGGAUGACACACAAAAUGUAGGCACAAAAAAAUUGUAUAAAACUAUUAGCAAUUUGUAUGAAGUGUAUAUGAAACAUAACUUCAUUUUGUGUUUAGACUUGGAUGCCAUCCAUAAGAUAUUCAUAAUAUCUUAUACAUAUGCAAAUAUUCCAAAGUCUAGACAGAAUUCAGAAUCUGAAAUGCUUCUUCUGGUCUCAUGCAUUUUGGAUAGGGAUACUCAGCCUGUAAUUUUCUAAAUUUUUUUAAUGAAGUAAAAUUUAAGUACAACCAUAGACCCACUUCAAGUAAACCCUGUGGUGCAGCUCCAAACAAAUCACUUCUACUUUAUAUUUACAGGUAAGUGGGAGGGAAAUAUAAUCAUUUAGAGGGAAAACCAGAUUAUUUGUUGUUGGUGGUGUUCAUUGUCUUUUGUGAGCUAGCUAAUCAUAAAGGACAUGGCAUAAAAAUUCCUCAUUAGGAUCAGCUUAUCCUAAAUCACAUCCAUCACUUAGUGACAUUCGGAGAUACGAGUCUAGCGCUGAAAUGGAAAGGAGCUUUCCUCAGUAAAGAGCUAGCUUCAGGUUAGUCUCGGUAAUAAUGAAAAUUGAAUUAUUAGCUCUGUAGACAGUAUAAAAAGUAAAUUGUUGACAUCACUCAAAUUUAUCUCAAUUUCUUUCCUAAAUUAGAAGGAAAAUAUCCUAAAAUAAUAAUCCUUCCCAAGGGAAACCUGGUGUAUACUCAGAAGAAUGGUUCAUUUAUGAUUAGCAUACUUAAUUUUAAACCUGAGCUUACAAAUUUUUUUUUAAUUAAAAAGAAAACAGUGUUAAGGGUGUGGCACAGUAGUAGAACACUUGCCUAGUAUGUGUUGUAAAUCCAAGGUUUGAUCCCCAGCACUGAGAUGGGGGUGGGGGGAGACCUGAUUAGGAAUAAAUCUUCCAAUGAUGGAAAAUCACAGAUAUUAUUCUGUGGUUUACUCCAGUUGCUUCUGUUUAAAUCCUGGCAAAUUAAGACAUCCCUAUCUCGAACUACGUUAUCUCUUAGACUUUGAGAGUUAAAAUAUUAUGUAUGUAAAAAGCCCAUUGUUUUUCUGAACCAGUGGUUAGAAGGUAAGAAUGGUAGGAUCUAUCUAUAUUCAUAAGUGAAAGAGCAAAAUUCUAACAUAAAAUAAUUCAUAAAUAUUUUGUAACUCCUUCAAUAAUUUAAUAGCAAAAGAAUGUUAAUGAUAGACUAAUUCUAACUGAUAACACUUUGAGAGGCAAAGUUUCCAAGAAACUUUAUGGACCAGUGAAUGUUCACUAUUCAUGGAAACAUAUUGACCAAAAAAGAUUGGGUCAUCAAAUUGCAGAAAAUGAUUCCUAACUUUUCUAAAUACUUACUUUGAAGAAAAGUAUAUAUUAAUAAAGUAAAUUUAAGCAGUAUUUCACAUACAUACUCUAUUCUUCAGCUGUAGUGUAACAAGAAGUACAAAGAUUGAAGUCUCAGAUAACUAUUCCGUUAUCUUCUUCCCCUUGCAAUAUUUUUUUAGAAGUUAGUAGGAAAAGCUGUUACUAACCUAUUUAUCAUCUACGGUGAUUUUAGAUUUGAGCUAUCAAAUGUGUUUGUUUUUAUUAGAUUCUUAUGUAGUUAUUUAUAAGUAAUGAAAUUCAUAUGGAAAUUUUGCUGACAGUGGUAUAUAAUUUGAAAACCACUGGACCUGAUGAUACUCAGUUGACAGCUGUUAAAAAGAUGCUCUGGAGUCAGAUAAUUUAGGUUUAAAUUGUAGUCUGCGGUUCAGCAGCGCGAUCUUGAACCUGUUUCCCCAUUGGAAAAAUGAGGAAAAUAGUAAAACUUAACUCACAGGGCUGAUGAAGGA